ACCAACUGACCUGAGUGCAGCCGGACAAGUUGAGGUGAAGGAGAUUGUGGCAGCCCUUCCCUGUGGUCAGGAUAAGCAGCAGCUGUGUUCCAUCAACAACACUGUUCACCUUUCACCCAUUGCUUCUGUGUCCAGGCCUGUUUUCUUAAGAUUUGUAUCCCUAAAAUCCUACUUUUCUCCAGCUCUUAUUACUGAAAAGACAAUAACUGCAGGGCACAGGAUGCAAGUGACCUCGUCUCUCCUCUUAGCCUCCCUGCUCCUCCUCCUGCUCCCAUCCAUCGACACGAAAAGAGCAGGGAAGGGCAGAGGCCUCAGAGCAGCAAGACACAAACUCACACGGGACAGUAUGAGAGGUGUUGGGCGUAGCGGCAGAUCGGGCCCCUCCAGGCUUGACUGCUCAGAGGUGACAGAAUCUGGAGACGUCUUCAUAGACUGUCAGGACCGACGCCUCACCUCCAUUCCCACCUCACAGACCUGGUCCAAACAACCAAAGCACCUCCUUCUGGCCCGUAAUAGCAUCAAAGUCCUUCGUGAAGACGCCUUCUCUGGAUUUGAGAGUUUAAUCAGUCUGGACCUGCAGCAGAAUCAGAUCUUUUUAGUGGAGGAAGGGGCCUUCCAGGGCCUGACACGCCUUACAACCCUGCUGCUGCAGCACAACCGCCUGGGAUCACUUAGCGAGGAGGCUCUCAUCCCCAUGCCAAACCUUGGCUACCUACGUCUAUAUGAUAAUCCCUGGAAUUGUCUCUGCCCUAUGGACAGUCUUAUACGCACCCUUCAGGUCCCAAGCAACCGUAAUCUGGGAAAUCAUGCCAGGUGUGCAGAGCCCAGCAGGCUAAAAGGCAUGAAGUUGAAGCAGAUUGACCCAAAGUUACUCUGUAAGGAGACAGACCCAUCAGGCGACCAACAGGGGGACCAAACAGAUCCCAUAGACCCUGUACAGCCCAUUCCCAUUCGCACAAAACCAGACGCAACCACAUCUUGCCAUACCUAUCGUUUCCCCCAAAUACGGAUGGACUGCAGGAACCGAGGUCUAACUGAGGUGCCUACAGGUAUUCCAGAGGAUGUUGUUCAUAUCGAUCUGUCCCAUAAUUCAAUCCGUCAUCUCAAACCCAGAGAUUUCCACCGAGCAAGGGGCCUCAGAACCCUUAACAUCAGUCAUAACAACAUGGAGCACAUUGACACGGCUUCCCUGUAUGGGCUGCUGCACCUACGGGAGCUGGACCUGUCCAACAACAGCCUGCAUUUUGUCAAGUACGGUGUCCUUGAAGACCUUUACUUCCUGUCACAGCUAAAACUGGGAGGGAACCCAUGGGUGUGUGACUAUAGCAUCCAUUAUAUGGUGUAUUGGCUGCGACUGCACCCAGUGGUCAGACACUCUGGCCUUUUGUGCCGAUCCCCUCCUGAACAUACUGGGGAGAGUGUAGCAGAGUAUGUGCAUUCCUACAACAGAGAGUGUCCAAAGGACAGGCAGCACAGCAGAACAGAUCAAGACCAAACAGACCCUGAACUAUGGAACACACCAAUGGAAGUGCAGGGAGAACUGGAGGAGGAGGAGCUGGAGCCGAGCCACUUGAGAGCACCCCAGAAAUACCAAAUCAUCAGGCUGUCUUGACUCAAGUGAAACUUUGUCCUAAAAUUAGACUUUGAAAAGUCUCUUUGUUUUCCCUUCAUUUCUUUUUCAUUUCUUUCUGUCUGUAUCAGAUGGAGAAACUACGUCUUUUCAUAUUUGUUGUCUUAUAAGAGUUGACAACUUAUUGACUAUCUGACAAAUUAUAACAAUAAAAAUAUUGUCUUUAUGUGUCAAUGCACACCUAAGUGAAACAUGGGUAUUGCACAUGAAACAAAAACAAAAUAAUCUGGCAACAGGCAAAUACUCACUUAUACAUUUCAAGUUGGGCCAUUUUAGAGCCGUGCAGCCACGCAGAUUGAGAUGGAUGACAAAUGGGCGGUAGCUUUGCAGAAUCUGCUUCAU